CAUCAGGUUUUCUCUAUUGUCUGUGGCGGAGAGGAAGAACAGAGAGACGAUAGAUGGGUUUUCCAGUUAAGUCGAAAUCGGUGGCAAUGCAUAAAAAUCAGACAUCUAAAAGUGGUUCAUCCACUGUUCAGAAGGAUUUCAAGGACGGAGAUAUGGACUUCAGAAAGAUACUGAAGGAUGUUGAGUACUUGGGCUCCUCAAACAUGACAUGGAAGGAGAGGAAGCAACUGGAGGACCGGAGGGUUGUAGCUUUGGGUGGAAAGCCCACCAAGAAGCAGAGAAUCCCGCUAAGUGUAGCUAGAUGUUGCAUGAAGAAACGGAAAGAAAGAGAACAAAAAUUGUUGCAAGAGGGGAUGGUUCUUGGACGAUUUGGGGGUAAGCUUCAAAGUAGUACUACCAGAGUGGCAGAGAAGCGGGGGCCAGAGGACAGGGUGCUGAAAUCAAGUGAAGGCAAUUUCAGAAAUGGUGUACUGAAUGUGAGGCAUAUGUUGCGAGGCAGUUCAUCUAGAGAGAAUGAUGAUAAAACAACAGAAAUCAACAAGGGGAAGAAGAGGAAAGGGGCCGGAAAGAAGAAAGGAGGCAAAAAGCAGAGUGGUAAAAAGCGCAGGUGAAGAUUUGUGAGGUGCAUCUGAUUUCACAUUCAUUGAAUGAGAAAAUUUUGGUCAGUAAACAAUUAGUUUUCUUGUGAUGAGAUAAAAGAGGGAAAUAGGGAUUGGGAGAAGAGAAUUUCUUGCUUGAACUGGUCAUUGUAAUUCAGGCAAGUUAUGUCACUAAAUGAGGCCUUCUAAGAUCUGCUUCUUAGUUCUUAAUGGUGUUUCUUUUUGUGCUAAACUAUGAGGGGGAAUGCUUGAUGCACGAGC